AUGUUGAGCUUUCUCAAAUAUUUUCUGUCGACAUUUGAAUAUGAUGAUUUGUUCAAGAAGAAGAAAGAUGAAGUUGAAGCUAUUGUUACAAGUGAAGAGAAACUGAAGACAAAGAUGAGAGAAUGUUUGAAGGGGAAGAAGUACCUAAUAGUGCUUGAUGAUAUAUGGCAAACUCAAGUGUGGAACAACAUAAAGGAUGUCUUCCUAAAUAAUGAUGAUGGCAGCGUUAACAGUAUACUGAUAACUAGUCAUGAAAUAGAGGUUGCAAACUACAUUGAAACCACAUCUCCCUACCACCUUCCUUUCUUUAGUUACGAAGAAAGUUGGCAGCUCUUUUCUAAGAAAGUGUUUCAAGGUAAAGAGUGUCCUUAUAAUCUCGAGCCUCUCGAAAAAUCCAUUGUUGAGAGUUACAAGGGCUUGCCACUUGCCAUUGUGGUCGUAGCAUGA